GUGGAAAGUUUGCUCGAUAAAAACUUUCUCCCAAAAGGUUUUUAAAAAUUCAUUACUUUUUUAAGCUCACAGGUGUGUGAAGUGACAGAGUUUCUGAACAUCUGAAGCCGACGUGAACUCCAUCGCAGAGUGAAAUGGCCGUGCGCGAAAGUUUGCGAUGCCUUUGUGCAGCGGGUUUGUUUAUUUUCGUUUUGAACUGCAGUAUGAUAGUUUGUGAAGACGAUUUGAAAGAUACCCAGGACGCAGAGGAAGGGCUUGAACAACUGAAAGUGGACAUAGUAUACCACCCAGGGGAAGACAAAUGUGAAAGGGUGGCCAAAAAUGGCGAUCAGUUGAAAAUGCACUAUACUGGGAAACUGUUGGAUGGAAAAAAAUUCGACUCCAGUCAUGACAGGAAGGAGCCGUUUGAGUUUCAGCUGGGACAGGGUAUGGUGAUUAAAGGCUGGGAUCAGGGUCUUAUGGGAAUGUGCGUGGGGGAGAAGCGUAAACUGACGAUUCCACCUCAUCUGGGCUAUGGGGACCAAGGGGCAGGUGAUACUAUCCCAGGGGGAGCUACUUUAAUAUUCGACGUGGAAUUAUUGUCAAUUGGAGACGGUCCCAAGCCGCAGAAUGUUUUCAAGGAGAUUGAUGCUGACAAUGAUAAAAAACUGUCCAAAGAUGAGAUUCGGGGUUAUCUAAAGAAACAGACUGAAGAACACGGCGAUGAGAUUGAAGACAUGCCAGAUGCCGAACAAAGUGAGCACAUGAUUGAAGAAAUUUUCAAGCACGAAGACAAAGAUAAAGAUGGAUUUAUUUCCCAUGAAGAGUUCUCUGGGCCAAAACAUGAUGAAUUGUAAAGUCUUCCGACUGUUUCCAUGAGUAACAAGGUGACUGGUACCUUGCUUGAAACUUGCAAACUUUUCUUUAGAGCAUUUCUUUAGAGCAUUUCUUUAGAAAAGCAAGUGUACAAAUUAUGGUAUGAAUUGCAGUAUUUGAUAUCUGAACGUGGGGAACAGUAAAUUUUACAGUGGAAAUAUUAAAGAUGGAAAUUGAGAUUUAGUGAUUUUAUUCUGACAUAAAAACUUAUUCCGAGCCUGUAGUCUGAUGUUAAAGAGGUCAGACUGUUGUAAUAUCAAUCUGAUUGGUUGUUUUGAUACACAAGUUGGAUUAUGCUAUUCUGACAAGGUCACUGAUUCACAGCAAGGUACCAGUCAAAAGUUUUGUUAAUCCUCAUUGACUGGGUGUAAUUGUCGAGUUAGUCUGUCGAAUCUGAAUGGUUCAGUGAAAAUGGUGAAAUCAUUCGAUGGUAGUGUUCAACAAACCGCAUCUUGUAAAUCUGGCUGUAUGCAGCACACUUGUCCUGUUUUAUUUUUAAAGUUUACAUGUAGAUCCGAAAAAUAGCAUCCUGUGAACAAGGACUUUGGCAUUAAAGCUAUCAUGACAUCCCAUUUCAAACAUGUCAUGAAUAUGUAUUUUGAUGAGCAGUUUUUUCCAAUUUGUGUCUUAAAGUGCGUGAGUGUGUGUAAUUUAUUGUAGAUCUCUAAACUGGGCAAGAUUUGCUCAAAAUUCUUUAAAAAAAGUUAUACUCACAAAUUUUCUUCCAAAAAAAAAAAAUGUCAUUUUACUCAUGCAAAGUUUAUUUUUCAUCAUUAUUUUUGAGAGUUUUUAUAAAUGUUUAUAUUUCGAGGUGUGGAAUGUAGGUAAUUUUCUUUGCAUUCAAAGAACUGCCUUCAUUUCAGAAUAUUUUUGGUGAAAUAGAUGCAAAUAUAAAUUCAUCCCCUUUAUUGAUGUGAUUUUUACUUCAGAAUGGGAAAGAUCAAAAGACAUGAAUGCACUCUGGCAUCUUUGUGAUGCCAUUUUCAUGAUAUUGGUAAUUUGUAGGAACUUAAACUUCUUUCUCAAAGUAAAUAUUUAGAUAUUGUUGAUCGUCCCUGGAUGAGAUGUCGUCAUUAACUUAGUAAGAAAUGCCUUCACUAACAGUGUAGCUCUGCAUUAAAUGUCUUGGUAAACUGUAGAUUAAAUGUCUCAGUGAACUGUGGAUUAAAUGUCUCGGUGAACUGUGCAUUAAAUGUCUCUGUGAACUGUGCAUUAAAUGUCUCUGUGAACUGUGCAUUAAAUGUUUUGGUGAACUGUGGAUUAAAUGUCUCAGUGAACUAUGGAUUAAAUAUCUUGAUGAACCGUGGAUUAAAUUUUGUAAACCAAACUGUGGAUUAAAUGUCACGGUGAACUGUGGAUGAAAUGUGUUUGUUUGAUAAGAAGUGUCUAUCAUUAGUGGUGAUGAGAUGUCUUGAUCAUAUGUGGAUGAGAUGUCUUGAUCAUAUGUGGAUGAGAUGUCUUGAUCACAUGUGGAUGAGAUGUCUUGAUCACAUGUGAAUGAGAUGUCUUGAUCACAUGUAGAUGAGAUGUCCUGAUUGUCUAUGAAUGAGAUGUCUUGAUCAUGUGCGAAUAAGAUAUCAUCAUCAUCUGGGGGUGAGAAGACUUGAUCAUCUAUGGAUGAGAUGUCUUAAUCUUCUGUGGAUGAGAUGUCUUGAUCAAAUUUAACAGAAAGGUCUUGAUGAAUUGUUGAUAAAAUGCCUUGAUGAAUCCUGGAUGAAAUGUUGCGAUAAAGUGUUCAGAUUUUGACAGAAACUGCCAGGACAUUUCCUGUAUCUUCCAUGUUUGUUCGUUGAUGUUUUAUGUGUGGCAAGACUUGACGCCAUAGUGUCAGUGAUUUUCCCACAAUCCCACCUGUUUUAGCUGUCUGUUUGAUCACAUUUCCCUAGACAUUCACUUGUUGAUAUGUGCACAUUACGAAUAGAAAACAUUGUCUUACCAUCUCCCCCUGGUGCUUUUGCUGCAUGCUUGAAAAUAUUGUUAUUUCCACUUCUUUGAGUUGACAUUCAUACAUCUUUUAGAAUGUUUAGGUUCUGUUUUUAUUCACUUUUUCGAUGCCUUGAAAUUUAAAUAUUAACAGUGGCAUCAAUUCCAAACUGACACUUGAUUAUUACAUUGCAUGUAUUAAAAUGCCCUCAUGAACAUUCCAAUAAAGAAACUAUUAAUUAAAAAAAAAGUUUUAUUUAUUGCUGAAAAUAACUAGGAUAUUAACAUUUAUUGUUUUAUGCAUUUAAUAUAAUAGACCGCUCAUUUUUUCAGUUUGUAUAUCCGUCAUAUACUGAAUUUAACUGCGGUUAAGGUUUUAAAAACAUUUGAUUACUUCAAAUUUUUGACGUUUGUGCAACUUGAUAUUCUAUGAUUAUUACAUGGGGGAUUAUUUUUAUGCGUUAUAUCUGGGGAAUUCCAAACUUCUGUGUUAAAAUCAAAUUCUCUUUGUGACAUUAAUUUGGGGCAAAAUUUGAUUGUCCGUGAUUUUUUGGGCAAUUCCUGAGUGAGGUUUUUUUUUUUUUUUUUUUCAUCAGGUGGUUAGAGAAGAUCUGUUUCAUCAUUGCUUUUAAUUACAUCUGCAUGUAUGCAUUGCUUAAUAUUUUAAAUUAAUGUUAGGAAGCCAAUUUUAAGUUAUUAACAAAUGUAAAAUGGUUCAAACUACUGAAAUACAUCAUUGAAAUAUCGAGUUUGCUGUGAAAACACAUUUAUUUUGUCACUGGUGUUAUUAGCUAUUUAUCUGCCUUUUGUGUGAAAAAAAAAGGUAUUCAUUGCAA